GAUGACAUGUAAUUCUCACAGCAUUCGCUUGAAAAAUAUCAUUCGAGCUCAAAGCCAUACUGGCAAAUACUAUCAAAAUCUUCUCCAAAAUGUUGGUUCUGGGGAUCGGUUGUUCGCUCUUAAUCGCAGCCAUAAUAUCAGUUGAUGUUUCCACCGCUAGCAGCCAAAAGUUUAAUUGCAGUUUGCCCGAGGUGCUGAGAUGUGUCGAUAAUUUAACAGAAUGUAACUGCACAGGACAAAAUCAAACCUAUUGCCCGCAUAACAAAACGUGUCUCACUCAAGAUCAUUACAACGAGACACUGUGUUGGAAAACCAUAAGCUGUGUUCCAGCCCAUACAACUUCGACCACAGAACACAGUUCAGCAACUGUGUCUAUCGCAUCAACAGCCAGUCUGUUAGUGGUUGCAAGCACCAGUGUUGCACCUGACAUCAGUCACGUGUCAACCACAUAUGCCCCAACGACUUAUCACCCAUUGGAAACUAACUACAAGCCAAUCAUAAUUAGCUUAGCAGUGGGAUUUGCUUGCUUUGUUGUUUUUGUGUGCUGCAUGUGUGCCAUUCACUCCUGGUGGCUUAAACGAAACAAAUUCACCGGGGUAAACAGCACGCCGAUGAAAGACCUGGAAAGGAAGAAAAGAAAGCAGGAGCAGAGAGAGAUGAAACGGCGUGCUAAAGAUCACUCAUCCACAGAAGCAGAAGCAAAGGAGCUUUCCAAAUUUGAUAUGGGAUAUAAAAAGCCCCCCAAAGUGAACGAACGCGCCUUGGCCAGCUAUGACUGGGCCCGAACCUCAUACCUACCUGGAAUGCUUGAACCCAGCCAGGAGCCGGUCGGGCCAGCGGAUUUUACUCCAAAACUUAUUUGUGAUGAUGAAGACACAGAGGCAGGCGACCAACAUGCGCUUGGUGACCACAACCAAGGGUACGAGUCAGAAGGGGAGAACCAAUAUGGGUCUCGUGAUGUAUCUACCCCUUCCUCUCUGUUUGCACCAACAACAAUAGAGCCACAAGAGCCAAUCAUGGUCGAACCUGAGAUCAUUGAGAAUAAAGAGCAGUUUCCACGCUCUGUAUCUGACGGGAACAUGACGGAGUUUAAUCCUCAGGCUCAUUCUAAUUCUCAGGAUUAUUUUAAGAUGAUGGGAAGGUUUUAAACACAGGUCUUCAACACUUUUAGGAAAGCUUCCCUCAAAAGAUCUUACUAGCCAAAGGGAAACAACAGAUCGUAAGACUUAAAUGAUAAGGAUAGGCUAGCCCUUAUUUUUGUAUAAAAAUGGUUACAAUGAGUAUUGUUAUUAUCUCGAGCAGUAUUCCUUGUUCAAGAUUUGCAUCGCAAGUUCGUUGCUCGAUUCUUCGAAAUAGUAUUAAAUAGAAAGUAUGCCAAAGUACUUCCAUGCUCAUUCCAGUUUUUAGACUCAUGGAUACAAAAUUUUACAGUUUUUUUCAAGCUGAAAAAAAUUUUACCGCAUUGAAGCGAAAGUUUUGUAAACGAAACAAUUUGUCCUAUCAUCCACUGAUUAUCGUUUGUUUCAUUUUUUCUUUGUUGAUGCAUGUAUUAAAAUGUUGAAGAGAUCACGACUUAUAUUAAGUCGAACCCCCUUUUUAUUCCCACAAGAUCCACUGAUAUUUACAUUGUUUACAUGUCUAUGUAGAUUUCAAACUUUCCUCCAUUUUGCUCACAACAAAUUAAAUAUAAUGACAUAAAACAAGAAGUAAGAUAAAAUAAGGUAAGACUACUUGAAAUCAACGGCGUGUUUCGAAAUAAGUUUAGUUUUGGUUUCAUGAUGAAGUAGGAAGUAUUUUCAAGAAAGUUUUCUGCAAACAUUAGUUGUCCAAACACUUAAACAGUCGUACCACAUGUAAAUUAUACCGUUUUUAUACGAGUGCUUUUUUUAAGGGCCAUAUAUGAUAAAUUUAAAUGGAACUAGACAUAAAUAAAGCCAGAUUUGAUGUUUAAA